UUGAAAUCAACAAGUUUAUGAAUGUGAUUAUUUUACAUAAAAAGUCAUUUAAUAAAUACAUGAUAAUUAUAAUUAAAAAAACUGAAAUAUUAAAAAACUUUUGGAUAUUAUAAUGGAGGAUGUUACCUUUGUCAUUGUAACAGUUAGCGAUUCAUGUUUCGCUGGAACUGCACAAGAUAAAAGUGGACCAGCUCUUAAAGAGUUAAUUGAACAAACUUAUUGGAAUUGCUCAAUAGUAAUGGAAUUAGUUCCAGAUGAUCAAAGUAAAAUUGAAGCCAUUCUAUUAAAACACUGUGAAACUAAUGUAGACAAAGUAAAAGUUAUUUUUACAACCGGUGGAACAGGUUUUUCACCAAGAGAUGUUACACCUGAAGCUACAAGAACAGUUAUAAAACGUGAAUGUCCUCAAUUAACUUUAGCGAUGUCAUUAGAAAGUUUUCAGAAAACACCAUUUGCUGCACUAUCACGAGCUGUUUGUGGUAUAAGAGAUCAAACAUUAAUAAUUAAUUUUCCAGGAAGUGUUAAAGCUGUUAAAGAAUGUUUUCAGCCAGUAAAAAAUGUUUUACAACAUAUUAUUCAUUUAAUGUGUAAUAAAAUUGAAUUGGUUACUAAAGAACAUCAUGACAUACAAGCUGAACAUAGCUAUGUUUCAGUACAUAAACCUGGAAAAAGUACUGAAAAACAUCAUCAUACUUGUCCACAUAAAACUGGAAAGGGUACCGAUACUGAUCGUAAUUCAACAUAUUCAAUGAUACCAGUUCAAGAAGCUUUGAAGUUAAUUUUAGAUAAUGUUAAAACUCAACGUGAAUUUUUAUUAGGUUUUCAAAGUCCAAUUGAUAUACCACCAUUUCGAGCAUCAAUUAAAGAUGGUUAUGCAGUAAAAUCAUCUAGUUUAAGUGGUAUUAAAAAAGUUUUAGGUGUUAUAUCAGCAGGUGAUUCGAUUAUAAGAAGUGAUUUUGAGGAAGAUGAAUGUUAUAAAAUAAAUACAGGUGCUGCUUUACCUCAUUUUGCUGAUUGUAUUAUUCAAGUCGAAGAUACAAAACUAAUAAAAUCUAGUGAGAAUGGUGAUGAAAAACUUGUACAAAUAUUGAUGGAACCCAAAGCUAAUUUAGAUGUAAGGCCAAUUGGUACUGAUCUUGAAAAAGGUGAAAAUAUAUUUCCAAAUCUUGAUUUAUCUGAUAUAUGUAUAAAGUCGAUUUUUGCUUCAAUUGGAAAAGAUUACGAAUUACCAAAACCUAAAGUUGGUAUAAUAUCAACAGGAAAUGAAUUAUCGAAACCUGAAGCUCCAGAAGUAGAGGGCAAAAUUUAUGAUUCGAAUACAACAAUGUUAAGAGAACUUUUAAAAUAUUUUGGUUUCGAAUGCUUUUGUGAUUCUGUUAUAUCUGAUAGUCAAGAGGAGGUGAUGGCAUCAAUUGAUGAUAUGUUCAAUAAAUGUGAUUUUAUUGUGUGCAGUGGUGGCGUUUCAAUGGGUGAUAAAGAUUUUAUCAAACCUGUUUUAAUGCAAUUAGGAUUCAAAAUUCAUUUUGGAAGAGUUAAUAUGAAACCAGGGAAACCAAUGACAUUCGGAAGUAAAGGAACUAAAUACUUUUUUGGUUUACCAGGAAAUCCUGUUUCAGCAUUUGUUUGUUUUCAUUUAUUUGUCUUACCAGCUAUUCGUUGGUGGGUUGGUUGGGAUCGCAGAAAAUGUGAAUUAUCUGAACUUUUAGUUACAUUAGAAAAUGAAAAACUUCAAUUAGAUCCAAGACCAGAAUUUGUUCGUGCUACAAUUACAAGUAGAAAUGGAAGAUUAUAUGCAACAGUUACAGGAAAUCAAAUGAGUAGCCGUUUACAAAGUAUUGUUGGUGCAGAUGUUCUAUUACAAUUACCUGAAAGAACAGAAAUGAAACCUUUUGCUGUGAAAGGUGAUAUAUUUACGGCUUCAAUUCUUCGUUAUGAUUUCAUUUCUAAUUAUGAAUGAUGUACUAAUCCAAAUAUUUUACAAAAUUUUUGGUUUUUUUUUAUAAAAUCCAAAUUAUAUAGUUUUAUAAUAAUAUUUUUGAUUUUUAUUAUACUCAGUAUAAUAAUGUUAUUCUUUUAAGUUUGGAAAAUAAUUUGUUAAAUUUAUUAUAAAGUUUGUUUGUGUUAAUUUUUAUGCCACACGGUUUUCCAAUAACAA